AUGAACCCAUGGCUACCUCUUCACAGGUCCAGCCGUAAGUCGGUGUUAGGUGUGGCCGUUGGUGGAGUUAAACUGGAUAACGGUGCAUAUACCGCCGAUCUGGCAUCAAUGCCUUCGUUUACUAUUGACAGUUUAGAUGAGAUAGUGAACGCGGACCGGGAGUUGACCGUGCUCAUGGAGCCUACGAAUUAUGUUUACAAUUAUUAUCUAAAGAUUAAGUACCCUGACUUAAAUUACGAGUUAUUUAGAACGACCGAGAUGAACGAUAUGAGUUUUCUGGAUCCAAUAAUAGCCGGCGACCACGUGUUAAUACAUGACGAGGCAGUUAUUGAUGAAAUCAUAGGUCUGAGCCCGUGGUUACCCCUCCAUAUCGCCGACCAAAAGACAAUGUUAGGCGUAAGCGGUGUUGUAGUGCGCAAGGGAUGGCAGCCCGAUAUUAAGCAAAAGUUUAAAACAAUGCUAACAAUGAUCCACGAGUCGGGUGCGUUGCUAUGGCGUACGAGAGUUAACAAGAUCAUAGAACGUGAUAUAUAUCCGGAUGAUGCGAACUAUAAGCCCAGAGACGAUGCGAAUACAUUUAAUAAACUUACCAUAACUGAUAUCAAGUUAUUCAUCCAGCUUUGUCAACCAGUUAUGGCCAUUACGAGUACCCCCGAGACGGCCGCCGUCGGCACCAACAGCACCGCCACCGCCGCCGCCGCCGCCAAGACUACUGCCACCAACACUACCGCCGCCACUAACGGAACCGCUGGAUCAGUUGAUAGACCGGUGGCCGCGGCGGGCAAUGGUCUGCCGUUGGGAGCGAUGUAUGUGGUGAAGAGGGACGGCCGCCACGAGUCCAUAAUGUUUGAUAAGAUCACCUCAAGAAUCGUGAAACUGAGCUACGAGUUGGACAUGCGUUUCGUGGACCCGACGGCCAUCACGUUGAAAGUGAUCGCCGGUCUCUAUUCGGGCGUCACUACUGUCCAGUUGGAUGAGUUGGCCGCAGAGAUCGCCGCCACGAUGACCACCAAACACGCCGAUUACGCCAAACUCGCCGCCCGUAUAGCCGUCUCUAAUCUCCACAAAGAGACGACGAAGAACUUCUCGGACGUGAUCCGA